AUGAAGGGAGACGAUCUGUCGGAGGAGGACCUCGAGCUCAAGGCGCGUCUCGAGGAUUGCGUGGAGCGGGCGCAGAGCCGCGACCCCCGCCUCCGGAUAGGCGCCAUCGACACCCUGAGGAAAGAGAUUCGUGCGGCGACAAGCUCAAUGACGUCUGCCCCGAAACAACUCAAAUUCCUCCGCGCACACUAUGGAACUCUCAAGACUUGCUUUGAGAGAAUGCAGGAUUCUGAACAGCAGAAGAAACAUAUGGCAGACAUUCUGUCAGUAUUGGCCUUGACAAUGUCUGGUGAAGGAGAAAGGGAAAGCCUGAAGUACUGUAUGAUGGGCUCUUUAGUUGAUGUAUGUUCAUGGGGUCAUGAAUACGUGAGAAACUUGGCUUUUGAAAUUGGAAAAGAAUGGAAGUUCAAUGGCUCAUCAACGCCAAUUGAAUCAAAAAUAAAUGUAGUGCUGGAAAUUGUCAAGUUUCACAUGAAGCAUAAUGCUGAAACUGAAGCUCUGGAUCUUUUGCUGGAGGUUGGAUACCUUGAGAUGCUUUCAGACGAAAAAAAGGAAGAAUACCUUACGAUGCUACUUCAUCUUGUUGACUCUACCAACUACAAAAGGGCAUGCUUGUAUUUGACUAGUUGUUCUAAAUACCUUUCUACACCCGACCAUGAAGCCACACUUGGCACUGCCUAUGACAUGUACAUGAAGUUUAGGGAUCUUGCAAGUGCUUUGCGGAUUGCACUUCUGGUCGACGACCACAAGUAUUGUGGUCAGAAUGUGAAGAUAAAGAUGGUAUUUGAAGAAACUAAAGAUUUCUCCCUGAAGCAGCAAUUCGCAUUUAUGAUAGCACGCUAUGGUUUAAGCGUGGAGAUUGAUGAUGAGAUGGUUGCAGAUGAAAAUGAGAAGAAUGCUUUACAGGAAGUAGUUUGUAACACCAAACUGGGUGAGGGGUACCAUAUCCUUGCACGGGAUAUUGGUGUCAUGGAGCCAAAAUCUCCAGAGGACAUAUAUAAGGUUCAUCUGAUUGGCGGUCGAGGUGCCAAAAGCUCCAGCCUUGAUUCUGCAAGGCCGAAUUUGGCCGCAAUUUUUGUCAAUGCAUUUGUCAAUGCUGGUUAUUGCCAGGACAAACUCAUGACUGCACUACCAGAUUCUUUGCUAUUCAAGAACAACGAACUUUGGAAAGCCAGUGCAGUAGCUAGUCUGGGAAUGAUACAUCUGUGGGAUCCUGAUUUAGGAUUUGCCGAACUUGACAAGUAUCUGCACAGCAAUGAUACUAAUGUCGUUGCAGGAACUUUGUUAGGUAUAGGGAUUGCCUCUUAUGGUGUGAAGAAGGAAUAUGAUCAUGCACAUGCUCUUAUUUCUGAGUAUAGCACGGGUGCAACAUCAAUUACACGAAUCGGGGGAAUCUUGGGUCUUGGCAUUGCUUAUGCUGGGUCCCGGAAAGACGAGCUUAAAUCGCAUUUCUCAAUUACCUUGAGUAACUCCCAAACACCUUUUGAGGAAUUAGUGUUCUCUUCCAUCUCUUUGGGAUUGGUGUUUGUUGGUUCCUGCAAUGAAGAGAUUGCAGAGUCAAUCAUAUCUGUCUUGAAAAAUCACAGUAAAGAGCUCACAGAGCCCAUUAUUCAUCUACUUCCAGUUGCCCUUGGCCUUCUAUAUCUUGGAAAACAGGAGAUGGUGGAUGCUACUGCUGCUAAGGUUUCUGAAACAUUGGAAGAACCAUUAAAGAAGUACUGUGGCCUGACUCUUACGUCUUUGGCAUAUGCUGGGACAGGGAAUGUGCUUAAGGUUCAGGAGCUCCUUCGUAGUUGCUCAAAUAAACUUGUGAAAGGUGGAAGUGACCAAGGGCCAGCAGUCCUUGGAAUUGCUCUUAUUGCCAUGGCUGAAGGAUUAGGAGCUGAAAUGGCUGUACGGUCCCUCGAGCACCUUUUACAGUAUGGUGAUUGUAGUAUAAGAAGAGCAGUUCCUCUUGCUCUUGGCAUGCUCUGCGUAUCCAAUCCAAAGGCGGUUGUUGUGGACACACUGAGUAGACUGAGCCAUGAUGCGGACGGUGCAGUGUCGAUGGCUGCAAUCAUCUCACUGGGCUUGAUAGGUGCUGGUACAAACAAUGCACGUAUAGCCGGAUUGCUUCGUAAGCUCUCAAGUCAGCAAUAUGGCGGUUAUCUGUAUUGUGUGAGGAUUGCACAGGGUCUUCUUCACCUUGGGAAGGGCUUGCUGACACUUGACCCAUGCCACUCUGACAGGCUACUUCUAUCUCCCGUAGCACUAGCUGGGCUUGUAACCGUUCUGCACGCAUGCCUUGCCAUGCAACCCAUCAUCGUCGAAAAGUAUCCCUACAUGCUAUACAUCCUCGCCCUUGCUAUGCAGCCUAGGAUGUUACUGACUGUGGAUGAGGAUCUCAAGCCCCUCCAUGUGCCUGUUCGUGUCGGCCAAGCAGUCGACGUGGUCGGUCAGACGGGAAGUCCCAGGACCAUCACUGGCUUCCAGACGUACAACACGCCUGUAGUGCUCGCUGCAGGGGAGCAAGCUGAGCUAGCAACUGAAAAAUAUAUUCCGCUGACACCAGUUCUGGAGGGCUUUGUGAUCCUGAGGAAGAACCCAGAGCAUCAUGAAGAUUGA